AUGCCCUUCCUCAGCGCCGGCCACCCCCUCCGCCUCGCCCUCUCCACCCUCAAGGCCACCUGCCUCGCCCACCUCGCCUUCACGCACCUCGUCCAGCUCUCCCCCGCCAGCGGGCCCUCCAUGCUGCCCACUUUCUCCGUCCACGGCGACUGGAUCGCCGCCGACAUGACGGCGCGCCGCGGCAAGGGCGGCAGCCUGCGCGUCGGCGACCUCGUCCUCUACAAGAUCCCCAUCUUCGAGUCCCAGCACGGCGUCAAGCGCCUCGUCGGGAUGCCGGGGGAUUACGUCUCCCUGGGCACGCCCGGCGAGCAGGGCGAGGAGCAGAUGAUUCAGGUCCCCGAGGGCCACUGCUGGAUCGUCGGCGACAACCUCCCCGCCUCGCGCGACUCGCGCCAAUUCGGACCCCUCCCGCUCGCCCUCGUGCAGGGCAAGAUCAUCGCCAAGAUCCUGCCCUGGAACGAGAGGCACUGGAUCAAAAACGGUUUGGAACCGGCUUCGCCCCCCUCUUCAUGA